AUGGGAGUAAAUAGGAAGACUGUUGUCGGUGAUGCAAUUGUUGGUUUUUUGGUGAGAGAAGAAGCUGUUGGGUGGCAAAAUUUGUCCUUGGUUUCUUUUGUUGUAAUGGCAAACAACUUAACGGGGCAGCUUGUGGCUUCAGAGAUACAUGGGUUUCACACGUUGCAGGAUCUGGAUGUUAGUGAUACUAUGGAGGAGGCAAAAAGCAGAUGGCUGCGUCCCAAUGAGAUUCAUGCCAUACUCUGUAAUCAUAAAUAUUUCAAGAUCAAUGCCAAGCCAGUGCAUUUGCCCGAAAGUGGUACUAUUGUACUAUUUGACCGCAAGAUGCUUAGAAACUUCAGAAAAGAUGGGCACAAUUGGAAAAAGAAAAGUGAUGGGAAAACUGUUAAAGAAGCCCAUGAACACUUAAAAGGGGUUUUAAUGGUUUCUUCUUUGUUGGCAAUGAAGAAAGGAUCCAUGUAUACUAUGCUCAUGGCCAAGAUAACCCAACCUUUGUUCGUAGAUGUUAUUGGUUGCUUGAUAAGUAUGUUUUGCAUGACUUUAGGUUCUGAAUUCCAAUAUAUCAUGAGUUUGGAGCACAUAGUCCUUGUUCAUUAUCGUGAAACACGAGAGAUACAAUUGCAAAGUUCUCCUGUUACACCUAUAAAUUCAAAUUCAAGUUCUGUCUCUGAUCCAGCUGCAUCUUGGAUUCCACCAGAAGAGUUUGAUUCUGGGACGAACAGUGCUUACACUGUUGAGCUUAAUGACAACGUAACAGUCAAAAAUCAUGAACAGAAGCUUCAUGAAAUUAAUACACUUGAAUGGGAUGACCUAGUGGUUUCAAAUGUCCACACUUCUACUACACCUAAUGGAGGCAAUGCUCCAUGUUCAUAUCAGCAAAAUCAAAGUUUACUGACUGGAAGCUUUGGCAAUGUAUCCAGUAAUCCUUCAGCAGAAAUUCCUUCUUUUGGCUUGCAAAGUCAGGACAGCUUUGGGAUGUGGGUGAACAACAUAUCCGAUACUGAGUGUCCAAUAAAUGAAUCGGCUCUUGAAACAUCAAUUUCUUCUGUUCAUGAACCAUAUUCAUCGCUGGUGGCAGAUGAUCAGUUAUCUUCCCUGCCUGAACUAGUAUUUAAUCUCACAGAGGUGUCUCCUGCGUGGGCGUCUUCCACUGAGAAAACAAAGGUCCUGGUAACCGGAUAUUUUCAUAGUAACUAUCAACACCUUGCAAAGUUCAACCUAGUGUGUGUCUGCGGUGAUGUUAGUUUUCCUGUAGAAAUUGUUCAAGUUGGGGUUUACCGAUGCUGGGUAUCACCACAUUCACCUGGAUUGGUCAAUAUCUAUCUGAGCUUUGAUGGCCAUAAGCCUAUUAGCCAAGUUGUUAAUUUUGAGUAUCGUACUCCCAUUUUGCAUGAUCCAACUGCUUCAAUGGAAGAGAAAUACAACUGGAAUGAAUUGCGACUUCAGAUGAGGCUUGCUCAUUUGCUCUUUUCUUCAGACAAGACCCUUGAUAUUUUCUCAAGUAAAGUAUCACCAACUGCACUCAAAGAGGCUAGAAGAUUUUCCUCCAAAACAUCAUUUAUCUCCAAAAGCUGGCAAUUCUUGAUGAAGUUAAUUGACGACAAAACAACUCCAUUUUCACAAAUAAAAGAUAACUUGUUUGAAAUUGCAUUGAAAAACAAAUUAAAGGAAUGGCUUUUGGAACGAAUUAUCUUAGGCAGCAAGAGUACUAAAUAUGAUGCGCAAGGACAAGGAGUAAUUCAUUUGUGUGCAAUGCUGGGAUAUAAUUGGGCAAUCUCCUUAUUUUCUUGGUCAGGCUUGUCGUUAGAUUUCCGUGACAAAUUUGGAUGGACAGCUCUUCAUUGUGCAGCUUAUCAUGGAAUGGAGAAAAUGGUUGCAACUCUGCUGUCUUGUGGGGCAAGGCCAAACGUGGUCACAGAUCCAACUCCACAAAAUCCUGGUGGAUGUACUGCUGCUGAUCUUUCUUAUAUGAAAGGAUACGAUGGCUUAGCUGCUUACCUUUCUGAAAAGUCUCUGGUUGAGCAGUUCAAUGACAUGAGCUUAGCUGGAAACAUCACUGGCACACUGGAAACUGGCUCAACUGACCCAGUAAAUCCUGAGAACCUUACUGAGGACCAGCUGUACCUAAAGGAGACAUUGGCAGCUUACCGUACAGCUGCUGGGGCAGCAGCACGCAUUCAAGCUGCCUAUAGGGAACAUUCGCUAAAAUUACGAUAUGAGGCAGUUGAAUUAACCAGCCCAGAGGAUCAAGCACGUCAUAUAGUAGCAGCUAUGAGGAUCCAACAUGCCUUUCGCAACUAUGAGACAAGGAAAACGAUGGCAGCCGCCGCUCGGAUUCAGCAUAGAUUCCGUACGUGGAAAUACCGUAGAGAAUUUCUUCACAUGCGGCGUCAAGCUAUUAAAAUUCAAGCUGCUUUCAGGGGCUUUCAAGUCCGGAGGCAAUAUCGUAAAAUCAUAUGGUCUGUUGGGGUGCUGGAGAAAGCAAUUCUGCGGUGGCGGUUAAAGAGAAAAGGCUUCCGGGGUCUCCAGGUUAAUCCUGUUGAGGAUGAGAAGCAGGAAAAUGGUGCAGAGGAGGAUUUCUUUAGGACCAGCAGGAAACAAGCUGAAGAACGUGUGGAGAGGUCUGUCGUUCGUGUGCAGGCCAUGUUCCGUUCUAAGCAAGCACAAGUAGAAUACAGGAGGAUGAAGCUAGCACAUAAUCAAGCAAAGCUGGAUCUGGAAUUAGAAGAUUUCCUCAAUUCGGAAGUUGACAUGUUACCCAAGAUAUAG